AUGGCGUCGGCGACAAGUCACUCAUUCCCGUUGGCCUCAGAGAAGCCAUACGGUAACGACACCGCAGAUCUGGACGGUACAGAUGCUGGUGCCUCUGGAGACAGCACUGGGAACUCAGUCUCCAUUUCCAACGGAGGCAUGAUUGCCAUCAUCGUCGUCGUCGUCGUUGUACUGCUUGUUGGAAUUUCCACCACCAUUCUUUUCUUUGUUGCCAAGAAGCGGGAGUGGAAAGUGAAGGAAGCCCUCAGGAAAUCUGCCCGCAGAGUUGUCACCGCCCUCACUCCUCGGCGAUCAGAAUUUCCAUCGUCGGUCAAAGAAUCCCGUAGAGGUCGGUCACGGCUUAAUGAUGUGCCGCCAACUCCACGACUACGCCCUGAGGAUCUGGAGAAAGGACUUGAUAAGGCGGAGGCAAAGCGAAAACAGAGGAAAUGGGGCAGGUAG